AUGAAGAUCAACGUGGACGGUAGCUCACUUGGUAAUCCAGGCAAUGCAGGUGCUGGUGGAGUCUUAAGGGACAAUGCAGCUGAAUUUGAGGCGGUUUUGGAGGGUAUUCUGCUAGCUAGACACCAUAAUGCUAGGGGUGUUUGGAUUGAGUCUGACUCAGCGUCGGUGCUCUCAGCAGUCCAGAGAAGGGAGAUUCCAUGGUUCGCCCUGCAGAAAUGGAGAUUUUCCAUUCCCUUUUUGGAGUCGGUGCAAUGGAAGAUCACACACUGUUUUCAUGAAGCUAAUGUAGUGGCUGAUUUCCAAGCUAGGAAAGCAUCUAAAUCUUGUAUUUCAGAAUUCUCGGUGGAGUUCCCGAGCCAUGUAGUUGCUGAGUUAGCUUCAGAUGCAUUGGACAGGCACCGUUUUCGAUUCGGCUAA